CUGCCUACGGCCACGAGGUUUCUACUCAACUGAUAAAACUGACACCCCACCUCUCCUCCUCUUCUCUCUCCACGCCAGGCGGAAACCUUUGGUAAGCUGAUAAAACCCAUCUUUGUAUCUCUACCUCAUUUUGCAUUCUUCGAAGAAAUUCAACAAGCGAAAGACUUGCAAUAUACCACAUUCUUCUAAUUUGGGCAUUUCAUAACUCUUAUGGUUUUUGCAUUUUUGCUCGUAAUUCGUGUAUGGCUGUGAUUACACUCUGCUCCUCUAGUAAUUUUAAUUAUUGUUCUGUAACUGAUACUACACCAUGGGAUACAAGACCUUGUGUUUCAAGUUUUAAUUGUUCACCAGGAAGAACAAACUUAGUUUUGAAUGUUUCCCCAUUUGGGUCUAUGGUGAGCUACAAAACACAUAAGAAAAAACAAGCGGGUCUCUGUGGGUUUGUGACUAAAAGUCAAUAUGAGGUGGUAGUGGUAAAUGGGAAGCCUAAAAAGAGAAUGUCUCCUGAGGAAGUUAUUGGGAUUUUGAAGUCAUCAUCAGACCCCAGUCAAGCUUUUUCAUUCUUCAAGUCAGUAGCGGAGUUGCCCAAUGUUGUUCACACUACGGAAACAUGUAAUUACAUGCUUGAGCUCUUGAGGGUACAUAGGAGGAUAGGUGAUAUGGCUGUGGUGUUUGAUUUGAUGCAAAAGCAAAUCAUAUAUAGGAAUUUGAGUACUUAUUUGACAAUAUUUAAGGGUCUUUAUAUAAAGGGAGGGAUUCGGCAAGCUUCAUUUGCUCUUGAACAGAUGAGAAAAGCAGGGUUUGUUUUGAAUGCCUAUUCGUAUAAUGGACUGAUCCAUUUGCUUCUUCAAUCAGGGUUUUGUAGGGAGGCUUUAGAAGUAUAUAGAAGAAUGGUGUCAGAAGAGAUUAAACCUAGUCUCAAGAGUUAUUCUGCACUUAUGGUUGCAUUGGGGAAAAGAAGGGAUAUUGAAACUGUCAUGAGUUUGUUGAAAGAAAUGGAAAGCUUGGGACUGAGGCCGAAUGUGUACACAUUCACUAUUUGCAUUAGGGUGCUUGGGAGGGCUGGAAAAAUUGAUGAGGCUAUUAAUAUACUGAAAAGAAUGGAUGAGGAGGGUUGUGGACCUGAUGUAGUAACAUAUACUGUUCUUAUAGAUGCUCUUUGUAAUGCAAGAAAGCUUGAUAUUGCCAAGGAAGUAUUUACAAAGAUGAAAUCUAGCUGCCAUAGACCUGAUCGAGUGACAUACAUCACUUUAUUAGAUAAGUUUGGUGACCAUGGGGACUUGGAUGCUGUAAGAGAAUUUUGGAGUGAGAUGGAAGCUGAUGGUUAUGCUGCAGAUGUGGUUACUUUCACCAUCCUUAUUGAUUCAUUAUGCAAAGUCGGGAAAGUUGACGCGGCAUUUAGUACAUUAGAUGUCAUGAAAAAGAAAGGGGUGUUUCCGAAUCUUCAGACCUACAACACAUUGGUUUGUGGGCUUCUGAGAGUAAAUAGGCUGGAUGAUGCAUUAGAACUAUUUGAUAGUUUGGACUCUCUUGGUAUUGAAACUACUGCUUACACCUACAUUCUUUUCAUUGACUACUAUGGGAAAUUAGGAGAGUCUGACAAAGCUCUUGAAACCUUUGAGAAGAUGAAAGCUCGUGGAAUUAUUCCUAAUGUAGUUGCUUGCAAUGCAUCUUUGCAUAGUCUUGCAGAACUGGGUAGGCUUGGGGAGGCAAAAAAUAUCUUCAAUGGACUUAAAAAGAGUGGGCUUGUACCAGAUUCUAUAACCUAUAACAUGAUGAUGAAGUGCUAUAGUAACAGUGGGAAGAUUGAUGAAGCCAUUCAGUUACUAUCUGAGAUGACAGAGAGUGGCUGUGAUCCUGAUGUGAUUGUUGUCAAUUCUUUGAUUGACACACUUUACAAGGCUGAUCGGGUAAAUGAAGCAUGGGCACUAUUCUGUAGUAUGAAGGAUAUGAAGCUUGCUCCUACGGUAGUGACCUACAAUACAUUAUUGGCAGGACUCAGUAAGGAGGGUAGAGUUCAAGAGGCUAUUGAUUUAUUUGAGAGCAUGACUGGGUAUGGGUGUCCUCCCAACACAAUUACUUUCAAUACACUUCUUGAUUGCCUUUGCAAGAGUGACGAGGUUGAUGGGGCCUUAAAGAUGCUCUAUACGAUGACAGAAAAGAAUUGCAGCCCUGAUGUUUUUACUUAUAACACUGUUAUUUGUGGGUUAGCUAGACAAAACAGGGUUAGUGAAGCAUUCUGGUUAUUCCAUCAGAUGAGGAAAAUGCUCUACACUGAUAAUGUAACUUUGUGCACCCUCCUGCCUAGGAUUGUGAAAGAUGGGCGGAUUGAGGAUGCUUUUAAGCUCACCAAGGACUUUGUCCACAACAAUAGAAAUUGGUCUGGGAGAUCUUUUUGGGGAAAUUUAAUGGAAGGGAUAGUAAAUGAAUCUGAACUAGGUCAUUCCAUCUCAUUUGCCGAGAGGUUGGUAUCUGAUUCUCUUUGCAGAAAUGAUUCAGUAAUGGUACCUCUGAUUAAGGUUUUGUGUAAGCAGAAGAAACCCCUUGAUGCUCAUAAACUAUUUGCAAAGUUCACAAAAUCUUUUGGAAUUCAACCAACACCAGAAGCAUAUUACCUCCUAAUUGAUGGGCUUCUCGCUAUUAAUCUUAAAGAACUGGCUUGGGAUCUAUUUAAGGAGAUGAAGAAUGCUGGUUGUGCUCCAGAUGUUUUCACCUACAACUUGUUGCUAGAUUAUCUUGGGAAGUCUGGGAAUCCUAUAGAACUUUUUGAACUUUAUGAAGAGAUGCUCUGCAGAGGAUGUAAGCCUAACACUAUCACUCAGAAUAUACUCAUCUCAGGUCUUGUAAAAUCUAAUUGUUUAGAUCAAGCUAUAGAUUUGUACUACGAUCUCAUAAGUGGAGAUUUUUCUCCCACUCCUUGUACUUAUGGUCCUCUUAUAGAUGGUCUCUUAAAACUUGGAAAAUUGGAUGAAGCAAAGAAUUUCUUUGAGGAGAUGACGGAUUAUGGAUGCAAACCUAACUCUGCUAUCUACAAUAUUCUUAUUAAUGGAUUUGGGAAAGCAGGUGAUGUGGAAACUGCUUGUGAGUUAUUUGAUAGGAUGGUUAAAGAGGGUGUAAGACCCGAUUUGAAGUCCUACACCAUUCUUGUUGAUUGCCUGUGCAUGUCGGGGAAAGUGGAUGAUGCUUUGUGUUACUUUGAGGAAUUAAAGUCAUCCGGCCUUGAUCCUGAUUUAAUAUUUUACAACCUUAUGAUUAAUGGCCUUGGGAGAUCACAAAGAAUAAAGGAAGCUCUCUCCCUUCUUGAGGAGAUGCGGAGCAAAGGGAUUACACCCAACCUUUAUACCUACAAUUCUUUGAUACUCAAUCUUGGGAUUGUUGGAAUGAUAGAGGAAGCAGGAAAGAUGUAUGAAGAACUUCAAUUCAUGGGCCUUGAACCUAAUGUCUUUACUUAUAAUGCUCUCAUUAGAGGACAUAGCAUUUCAGGAAAUCCCGAUCGUGCAUAUGCAGUCUAUGAGGAGAUGAUGGUGGGGAAUUGCAGCCCCAACACUGGGACAUUUGCUCAGCUUCCUAAUCAAUCUUGACAUUUUUGAGUGCCUUCAUCUGUGGCUAAUGGGAUUAUGUUGCCAGAUUGUACAUGAUGAGAGGUGGAUUCAAUUCCAUUAUGAGGCAACUUAUUUUAUAUACCAUGGUGCCAGAUGCAUCUGCAAGAUUGGGAUGGAGAGACCUGCUAUGCCUAAAAAAUUUGUAUGGUGUCUGGUACAAAAUAUUAAGGUGCAUCAGAAGCCGUUCAAACUGUUAUCUGCGUGGCCUGUGAAUAAUCAAUUGCUGUAAAAUGUCUUGUUGGCUCUGUCAUCUAUAACUUGUAAAUACCAUGCCACUUCUUACUUUUCGAAAUAUAUGGCAUUGAUUAGUAAUCAGUCUGCAAUAAGGAUGCAUUGAGAAGUAAAUAUAUAUCAAUCUGUUUGCUAUAUUG